AUGGAGGCACAACUCAUCUCAAAUGCAUUGCAGGCCACCUUGGACCCGGUACCUGAGGCCAGAAAGCAGGCCGAGCAGCAAUUGGCCGAGUUCGAGAAACAGCCAGGUUUCACUGUUUACUGUCUUGAUCUAGCUGUUGAUCCAUCAUCGUCAAAUACCGUGAAAAGUUCAGCUGCAGUUUACUUUAAAAACAGAAUCUCAAAAUACUGGAAAGAUGAGAGUGAUAGAGCCAUCAAGCCUGAAGAACAAGAAACAAUCAAAACCAAGUUGAUAGAGUCCUUGGUGAAGUGUUAUGAUGAUAGCCACAUUAGACCACAAUUGGGCCUAGCUGUCAGAAACGUUUUACUACGCGGUGCUUGGUCGUUAAAUGAACCAAUACACCAGUUAUUGAAUUCAAAGUCAGAUAUUGCACAUGUAUACACCGGGUUGCUAUUGCUGUUUGAAGCUACAAGAUCUCAAAGAUGGGCUUUCACUGAUAGAACAUUGAUUGAUACUUACAUUGAACAAACAUUCCCAAUUUUAGAAGUCCUUGCUUCUGAAAUUUUGAAUAAUACUGAUUAUCGCUCUGGUGAUAUGUUAUACUUGAUCUUGAAAAUCUUUAGAUAUUCAACAAUAUCUGCCUUACCAAAAUAUUUUUAUGAUGUUAAUAAGCUUUCCACAUGGAUUUCAUUACAUUUAGCUGUUGUUCAAAGAGACUUACCCAAAGAAAUUCUUGAUCUUGAACCUGCUGAUAGAUCAUUUGAUAAAAGAGUCAAGGCAUUUAAAUGGGGGUUUGGUAAUUUGCACAAGUUUUACACAAGAUAUGGUUUACCAACAAGUAAAAACACUAGUCCUGAAUUUAUCAAUUUUUUCAAUGCUAGUAUUGUUCCAGAAGUUUUGAAAGUUUAUUUUGGUAUUAUAGAGAAAUGGAGUGGUGGUUUAUGGUUGAGUGAUAAUUCAUUAUAUCAUUUGAUUUCAUUUUUGGAGAAGUGUGUUAUGACAACUUCUUGGAGUUUGAUAGAACCACAUUUUGAAAUCAUACUGAGACAUUUAGUCUAUCCUGCGUUAUGUCAAGACAAUUUGGAAUUAUUCGAAGAUGAUCCGGAAGAGUACAUUAGAAGAUAUUUUGAUAUUUAUAGAGAGUCAAGCACCGCUGACGUUGCAGCUACUGAUUUCCUAUUUGUCACUUCUCAUCACAGAACUGAAAAAUUGUCUGUGGUUUUGAAUCUUUUGAAUGAAAUUUUCAGUAGCUUCAGUCAAGAUCAAUCAGAAGUGAAUGCAUUGAAAGCUGAAGGAGGUUUAAGAAUUUUGAGUUCAGUUUCUAUGCAAUUAUCAAAUGAAAAAUCACCAGUCAAAGAUCAAGUUGACCAAGUUAUUGAUGGAUUUGUUGUCCCACUACUUACAAACAAACACCAAUUUUUGAGAGCAAGAGCAUGUGAAACCAUAUCCAUUGUUACAUGCAGCUAUAAAAACACAUCAAUUUUAUCAAGAGUCUUUGAAGGUGUUUACAACAAUUUCAAAGAUGAUUCAAGUUUGGCCAUUCAAGUUGAAGCUGCUGCUGCAUUGAAAGUGUUGAUUGUUGAACCACCUGUUGUUGAACAAAUCUCACAAGAUGUACCAACUAUCAUGCAAAAAUUGUUGCAUCUUUCAAGAUCGUAUGAAUUAGAUAUGAUUGGUGAAGUUAUGGAAUCAUUUGUUGAAGAAUUCUCCACCCAGUUAGAACCAUUUGCUCAUGAUUUGGGUUCAACAUUAUGUGAUCAAUUCAUUCGCACAGCUACCGAGUUAUUAGAGCUACAAUCAACACAUUCAAAUGGUGGUGGUAGUGAUGGUGAAACUGAAAAAGAAUACCAAGCUGUCGGUUAUAUCAAUACAAUGACCACAAUGACAAUUUCAAUGGGUAAAGUUGACCUUGAAGAAGUUUUUGCUCCAGCUAUCAAAUUUGUUUUGCAUAAUGCAGCAAUUUCAUUCUUAGGCGAAGCUUUAGAAUUAGCUGAAAGUUUAGCAAUGGCUAGAAAGACAAUCUCACCAGUCCUAUGGGACUUAUACAAAGAGGCAAUUGAUUGA